AUGGAUAUCAUUGGUAUAGUUACACGUUUACCAUCACUUGUCUUCGGCGCAUCACGUUGUGAUGAUAGUUUCGCUGAUCGUCUUUCGUAUAAAUAUACCGUUUUAAUGCUUGUUCUUUUUGCUAUUAUUGUAACUAAUAAACAAUUUGGUACGAAACAUAUACAAUGUUGGGUACCGGCUCAGUUCACGAAAAAUUAUGAGGAAUAUGUUAACGAUAUAUGUUGGGUAUCAAAUACUUAUUAUAUUCCUCUUGAACAAAAAGUACCAAAAAUCGAAAGAGAAAGACGCCAACAUGAAUUACGUUAUUAUCAAUGGAUACCAUUUAUAUUACUUCUUCAAGCAUUUUGUUUUUAUUUUCCACAUAUUGUUUGGCGUUCAUUAUCACGACGUAGUGGUAUUGAUGUACGUGAUAUUGUUGAUGCAGCUAUUAAUUAUAAGUCAGUUGAUACAGCAACAAAAGAUGAUAAACAUAAAGCAGAAUUAAUGGAAUAUAUUGUUGAAGCUAUUGAUAAAUAUGUUGAUGAUCCAAGACGACAAGCUGAUGAACGUGGUGAUCGUAUUAGUAUAAAACGUAUAUUUAUGACAGUAUGCAUAUUUAUGGGCAAAUAUUUGGGCAAUUAUUUAAUUAUUGUUUAUUUUACAACGAAAGCACUUUUUAUAACGAAUGCUGUUUGUCAAAUAUUUUUAUUGAAUUUAUUUUUGGGACAAGAAUUUCAUUUAUUUGGAAUACAAGUACUUCAAAGAAUUCUUGAAGGACGAGGUUGGGAUACACAAUCACGAUACUUUCCAAAAGUAACAUUAUGCGAUUUUCAAAUUCGAGAAGCACUUCAUCCACGAGAUUCACAUCGUUAUACAGUACAAUGUGUUCUUCCUCUCAAUUUAUUCUCACAACAAAUUUUUACUUUUAUUUGGUUUUGGUAUAUGAUGGUUUUUAUAGUCUCUAUAUUUGAUGUUGUUGUAUGGGUAACACGUUUUUUUCCUGAUAAACAAUAUAAUUAUAUAAAACGACGUUUACAAUUAAUGAAACGUGAUACUGAUUUUAAUUCUCAACCACCAGAAUAUGUUAAAGAUUGGUAUAGAGAAUUUAUUUUUGGUUAUCUUGAACCAGAUGGAAUAUUUAUGCUUCGUUUACUUUCAUCAAAUACAAGUGAUUUUGUUUGUACUGAAGUUAUCAAUCAAUUAUGGCAAACAUUUUAUACAAAAGAUCCAAAACAAUUAAAACGUAAACGAAAACGUGAAUUAGGUGGUGAACCAUAUGCACCUGAAAUACAACGUCAAAUAUCUGAUCCUGUUGAUUUAUCUGAAAGUUAUGAUUCAAUUCGACGUCGAAGUAUUAAUUUCCCACCUCCACCACCAACAUCCGAUAAAGCCAGCAAUGGUUAUGGACCGUUAAUAACAAAUAAUCAUCCUCGAUUUUCAUCAGCAAGUGGUAAACAAUCUUCUCUUUCUACUCUAGUCGAAGGCGAUGUAUAA